AUGGACAAUUUCGUCGCUCCCACAACGUUCAUAUUUGCUCGCCACUCAUCACUGGCAAACAGAUACAUCGUUCCUGACUACAAGCUAGAAGCGAAAGGAAAGCGGCCAUUUAUUCAACAGCACACAUCAUGCUCUUACGCAGCGUUGGCGGCAGCAGGCUGUCUUCGGCACAAGUCCAGGACAAAAGCUCGAGCUCAGUCUGAGGAGGCGCUCGGGUCCCAGGAGACGGAUCUGUCAGAGGUUUUGCAACAGACGGACGUGCCUCGAUCGCUCUGGCCGCUUUUGAUCAACGCAGCGGAGGCGGAGGAAAAAGGUGUCAGCAGCCUGGCAAGGGCAGCUCGUGGUGUGGCAUCUUGGAAGGAGACAUUGUCGAAGGGGCGCACGUGGAAAGACGAGGAGGGAGCGAACUGGCCGGUAGACAAUACACUUCGAUCUGGAUGGCAGCAGCUGCUGCUUGACAAAGGUUUGCCACCGUUGGUGCGGAAAUAUCAAAAACUGGCGGAUCCUUUGCUGGCAAGUCUGCUAGAGAUAGUUGAGGAGUUCUACUCCCAGGAGCAGGAAGAGCAAAAUGACGAAGAACAAGACGGCGACGAGGGAAGUGAAGGGCAGGCGCAAAGCAACGGCGAAGGCCAACAAACUGAGGGAGUGGAAUCUGAAGAUGACCGCAAAGCGCGUGUUGAGAAGCUUCUGGAGCAGCUUGCAGAGAAGUGGGGUGCGGCAGCUGGCGCCAUGAAAGCCGCCGAAGCGGCAUUUGGCUCGGGAGCUGGGCCUGCCAUGGUUGAAGGCUUCUCGCAGGAUGGCAGCCAAUGGCACGAGACGCUGCGGGGCCAGAUGGGGGAGCUGCAGGCUCUGGCGAAGGUCCUGCGUCGCAGCCCGGAGCUGCGGGAGCUGGUGCGCAACCUGGGCCGGCGGAGUGCAGUGCGAGGACCUCUUCAGAAGCUCCCGGAGGAAGUGUUGAAAGAGGGCGGACAAGCCGGAGUCAUUCGUUCUCCAGCAGCUCCUGCAGAAGCAAAUGGCGUUUGUCUCUCUGGAACCUGGGACACAAUGCUUCCUAGUGAGGCGCAACUGCUUGCUGCCAAGUUGCCGAUGCUGCGUAAUCUUCACCAUGCGCGGCGCAUCGAGCAAUCACUUCUAUGCUACGAUCGCAGCGCUUGGCUGGAAGAUGAGUCCAAGAUGUCUGGCAGGUUCGAAAUGCGGCCCGUGGGAAAAGCGGGCCCUCUCAUUGUGUGCUUGGAUACAAGCGGGAGCAUGAGCGGCCAGCGAGAGGUGUUAAGCAAAGCGCUUGUAGUGGAGUGCGUGAGGCAAGCGCAUCGACAGCGCCGUCCUUGCUAUUUGUAUGCUUUCUCUGGUAUGGGUGACUUGCAAGAGAUGGAGCUCGACAUGAACGAAGCUGGCAUGAGGAACGUCCUGGAUUUCCUGCGCAGAAGCUUUGCCGGAGGGACGUACCUUGAAGACGCUUUGGCAGAAACUGCGCGGAGGCUUGAACAGGAGGCUUGGCGGAAUGCAGAUUUGUUGAUCGUGACCGAUGGCGAACUUGAUUUGUACACGGACGCAAGUUCCAUCAAGAAAGCGCAGGCCGAGUAUGGCACAAAGGUUGUCGGUCUCAUCCUGGCCGACCGUGGCGGAGAUGCCAUGGAGCGGCUUUGUGACGAGCUGUAUGUGACUGGUUCCGGAAGCAGAGGUGAUGUGAUCGCUUUCCCCAAGCUGAAGUUGGUGUCCGUGGAGAAAUGA